AUUGGUGCGCGGGAAAUUUAGUCGAUUUAAAAUACCCUGUCGUUUGUCUUUUUUCUCUCCUUUUCUUCCAAAAAAAACAAUGCUUCGUCUACCAAGAACUGUAAACACUUUGAAGGCAUGUAGUCGCCAACCUCUCAAAUCAAUUCAAACAAGGUCUCUUAUGACUACGAAGCAAAUCCAUACCAUGCCUGUUAAACAUGCGAUUGAAAACAAGCCUUUGGGUGCUUCUAAAAUCAUUGCUUUAGCUACUGCUGGUACUAUGGCUACACCUUUGUUGUUCAAGAAGCCUGCUCAAUGCCAAGGUAAAUAAUCACUUGAAAAUAUGCAUGUUGACUUUUGAAAGCAGCUGCUUAUGUACACGAACCUACACCUGUUAUGGAUGCUAUCCAUCAAACAAAAGGUCAAAAAUCCAUUUUUAACCGAGGAGAACUUACCUUUGGUACUUUCCUUGGUCUUUGUACAGGUUUUCUUGUUAAGAAAGUAGGCAAGCUUUUUGCUGCUUUUAUUGGUACUGGUUUUGUGUUUUUACAGUAUUUAUCACAACAAGGAUAUGUUACUGUUCACUGGGAUAGAUUAGAGGGAAGAUACAACAGCACUUUUGAUACAGAUAAGGAUGGCAGAGUCACUCGACGCGACCUUAGUUCCAAGUGGCAAAACUUCGUUAAUUUCUUGACUAGUAAUAUUCAAUUCAAAUCAACAUUUUUAGUUGGUUUCUUUGCUGGUCUUCGUUAUAUGUAAUUAAUAAACAAUUGUAUCAAAAUAUAAGUCUCUGCAUAAGUCGUCUGUAUUAC